UGCUGCAUCUGCAUCUGCGUCUGCACCUGCACCUGCACAGUCCACAUAUUGGAUUUAUUAAACCAGAAAAGUAGUAAACAACAGAAACAUUUAUCUUAAAGUCCGUUAAGAGAAUGAGUCAGUGAGAUGUGACAUGAAAAUUCUAGACAAAAAGACAACAUAGUCAGAGUCCUAUUGUUUCCUCAAUCAGAAAAACCAAACACUCUCUCACUCUCUCUCCCUAUACCUAAUGUCUUCAUCUCAACAACCACUAUACGAUACUCUUUUCUUUUUAUCUUCUACACCUCUCUUUUUGUCCCUUCACUUUUUCACUUUCCGCAAAACGCGUGCCACAUUUUAUGAUUACGUCACUAAUCACAAUUCUUAACUCUCACCAUUUUAUAAGCAUGCAUUCUGUUACCUUAAAAAGUUGUUUUUGUUUCUUUUAUCCAUCUCAUUAACAGGUUAAUUAAUCACUUUACAUUAUCUCUAAUUAAAUAGUAAUAUAUAGAUAUAGAUAUAUAGAUACAUAAUAAUGAAUGGUAAUGUGGAAUGGGGAACCCCGUUUGUUAAUGAAUCAUAAUUUCCACCACCAUUCACUAACACAAGACAACAUCAUUAGCACAACCCUCUACAUGUCCGUUUCUUAUAUACACCCUUGCUUCAUCAAACUCAAGGGCUACCCUAUACCAAACCUCAUCUUUUUUUACCUUAUCAAAACCAAACCCUCAUCAUUUGUUUCUCUCUCUAUAACAAUAUCAUUGUUUCUGAAAUUAACAGCAACAGCUAUAAUUUGGUAUGAUGGAGUCCAUGGAGUCAUGUGUCCCACCAGGCUUUCGUUUCCACCCAACUGAUGAAGAACUUGUUGGUUAUUAUCUCAGAAAGAAAAUUGCUUCUCAGAAAAUUGAUCUUGAUGUUAUCAGAGAGAUCGAUCUUUAUCGUAUCGAACCAUGGGAUCUUCAAGAUAGAUGCAGGAUAGGGUAUGAAGAGCAGAACGAGUGGUAUUUUUUCAGCCACAAAGAUAAAAAGUAUCCAACAGGUACAAGAACUAACAGAGCUACCAUGGCUGGAUUUUGGAAAGCUACAGGAAGAGAUAAAUCAGUUUAUGACAAGAUGAAACUUAUUGGAAUGAGGAAAACUCUUGUUUUCUACAAAGGAAGAGCACCUAAUGGACAGAAAUCUGAUUGGAUCAUGCAUGAAUAUAGGCUUGAGUCUGAUGAAAAUGGUCCUCCACAGGAGGAAGGAUGGGUUGUUUGUAGAGCAUUUAAGAAAAGAGCAACAAAUAGCCAAAGUACAAAAAACACAAUGGAAAGAUGGGACACAAGCUAUUUCUAUGAAGAAGGUGCAAGUAGGGUAAACAAUUCCAUGGUGGAUCCAAUUGAGCUUAUCUCAAGGCAACCUCAAAGCUAUUUAUCUCAAACUUACAAUAUGUGUAAGCAAGAGAUAGAAGCAUGCAUGCAUGCAGAACAAUUUAUACAGCUUCCUCAGCUUGAAAGUCCUUCAUUGCCAAUAAUAAAAAGGCCAAGCUCAGUGUCUCUAGUAUCCGAGAAUAAUAACGAUGAUAUCGAUGAUCAAAACAGGUUGUUAUUAUUAUCAUCCAACAACAAUAAUAUUACUACAAAUAAUGUUACUGCUGAUUGGAGAGAUCUUGACAAGUUUGUGGCGUCUCAACUGAGUCAUGAAGUUGAAAUUGAUCAAGGAGUGCUCUCAAGUUUUGGUGGAGGAACAAAUAAUAUUCCAAGCUCAGAUAUGGCAUUGCUGUUAAUGCAGCAAGGUGGUAGGGAUGAAGGGAACAAGUUUUUGAAUGCUACCUCAGAUUGCAGUGAUAUUGGAAUAUGCAUAUUUGAAAAAUGAAGAAAUUAAUUACCAUUUUAUAUGUACUAGUACUAGUAGUAUAAUACUAUAUAUAAAUGUUUCCAUGGAUAUAUAUAUGUUAUAUCUGUUGAGAAGAGACAUAUAUAUAUUAUAUAAUUUUUGUAAAAAUAUGUGUGGAUGAG